UUUACGGCGAUUUUUUUUAUUAAUAAGGUAAAAAUAACACAUGGGAUUUUCCGUCUGUGUGUAAUCUUCCUAGCAACAAUUCAUUGAAGCCAUUCUCAGAUUCACGACAGCAGUUCCGGUAAUAAGCUAACUCCGAGACCAGCUCGGAAGAAUUGGAACUUAGUUUUUGGAAGAUGAUUGGGAACCCUGUAAUUCAAGUUCCCUCAUCACUAAUGCCAUCUUCUUCAAUGAUGGCUUGCCCUCGAGUUUCUCCCAGUGGGCUUCCUUAUCUCCCACCUAAACCUAGAACUAGACACUUAGUGGUCAGAGCUGCAUCCAAUUCACAUGGUCAGCCGUCGUCUGAUGAAGGGAAGAGUCCUCUCACGGUUGUGUUGGAUGUGCCGAGGAACAUAUGGAGACAGACUUUGAAACCUCUGAGUGAUUUUGGGUUUGGUAAGAGAAGUGUUUGGGAAGGUGGGGUUGGUUUGUUUAUCGUCUCUGGUGCUACACUUCUCGCUCUUAGCUGGGCUUGGUUGCGAGGGUUUCAAAUGCGGGCCAAGUUCAAGAAAUAUCAGACUGUCUUUGAGCUUAGUCAAGCCUCUGGGAUUUGCACGGGAACACCGGUUAGGAUCCGUGGUGUGACUGUUGGUACUGUUAUCCGUGUGAAUCCUUCCUUGAAGAACAUUGAAGCUGUUGCUGAGAUUGAAGAUGAUAAGAUCAUUAUCCCUAAGAACUCAUUGGUUGAGGUGAAUCAGUCUGGUCUUUUGAUGGAAACUAUGAUCGACAUUACGCCGAGGAAUCCUAUACCGGAACCUUCCGUUGGGCCUUUGCAUCCGGAAUGUGGUAGAGAAGGUCUGAUUGUUUGUGAUAGGCAGAAGAUAAAGGGAGAGCAAGGAGUGAGUUUAGAUGCACUAGUUGGAAUAUUCACUCGCAUUGGACGUGAAGUAGAGGAGAUUGGUGUUGUCAAUGCUUAUACCCUUGCUGAGAGAGCGGCGUCGGUUAUUGAAGAAGCGAAACCGUUGCUCAGAAAGAUUCAAGCCAUGGCUGAAGAUGCUCAACCUUUGCUCUCUGAGUUUCGUGAUAGCGGUUUGCUUAAGGAAGUUGAGUGUCUUACUCGAAGCCUUACCCAAGCUUCUGACGAUAUGAGAAAGGUUCAUUCGUCGAUUAUGACACCUGAGAACACAGAACUAAUCCAGAAGUCAAUAUACACUCUGGUUUACACUUUGAAGAACGUCGAGAGCAUAAGCUCAGAUAUUCUGGGAUUCACAGGCGAUGAAGCCACAAGAAAGAACCUUAAACUACUCAUCAAAUCCCUCAGUAGGUUAUUAUGAAACCAAGGUAUUUAAAAGAUGAGCAAUGUUGAUUAUUUUUCUAUAAUUGUGUUUUGGAUUCAACAUGAGAGAGACGAUUCAGUUUAUACGAACAGCAAAGCUGUGUGUGUUCUGCAUUAAUGAAUUUCCUCAAAAUCA